CACCACUUAGAACUUCUGGAGGCGAUUCAGUCGAAUCAAGGAUCACUACCUGCCAAUGACAUCCAACAACAACCAAUCCAACCUGAACGCACUGCCGAACCAUUGUCUGAACCUGCAAAUGAAUUUGAUGAAAAUCAAUAUGAUGAUUAUGAUGGUGACGGUGAUGAUGAUGGGCGUGAUGAUGGUGAAGAAGAAUUCGAUGGUGGUAAUGCCUUUGACCAUUUCAACAAUGAUUUUAACAACGGAGGGGAAUCUGAUGAUGAUAGCGAAUCUAAUGAACCUCCCGUUCCUGUUAACGACGUCAACAACGGCUCUAAUGGUGAUGGUGGUGAUGGUGGUGAUGAUGGUAAUGAUGAAUAUCUUGAUUUGAGUGGUGAUGUCAACGACAAUCCAGCAUAUCCUUUCAAAAAUGAAUACAUAAUGCAUGCCCUUCUUUUCUUCAAGUCUGGUAGCUUUAAGUAUUCAGAAGUCCAAAUCAAAUCAGUUCUUGAUUUUGGUAAAUAUAUGGCUGAAAUUGCAAUCAAAGAGUACAGAGCUCAACUAGCUUUGGAUCCUUCUGAUGUUAUUUAUGAUUUCCGUGGUUAUCCCACUCCCCACAGCGUUUCCAGAUUUCACAAAUCCAAGAAAUGUUGUAUACCUUGUUUUCCUCAUGCUCCCCAUUCAGCUGACGCCUCUGCUCCUGCUCCUGCCUCUACCUCUGCUCCUGCCUCUACCUCUGCUCCUGCCUCUACCUCUGCUUCUGCCAAUACCUCUGCUCCUGCCACUGAUCCUGCUGCAACAACAAAUACAACUGCUUCUGCACCCGCUGUUCCUGUUGUUGUCGCAUCAAAGCCUGACUUGUUUCUUAAUGAUGUAUCUGAACACUUGCGACUUCUCGUAGGUAAUCCCUGUAUGUCUGGUUUCCUGUCAGAUCUUCCUGAUCGAACACCUAACCAACGAAUCAAGCUAAGUCAAGGUGAAAAGUGGAAUUGUGAUAGAUUGUUUGAGCAUCCUAUGAUAAUUACUGGUCCAAAUCUUCAACUCUGGGUAUCGGAUAAAGUCUCUUUGCUGUCUGAGAGCAAUAUUCCUCUUCGUGAUCGCCAUUAUUUCAAAGUGGCCAAGAUAUUCCAAAUAUCAAAAGUUGUGAACGUUGAUUUGUAUCCAAUUAAAUCCGAUAAUAAUCUUGAAAUGUGCUGUUUAUACGACAUCCUUCUCCACUGUCCCAUAACCGACCUUGACAUCAAUAAUGUCUUUCGUGCCGAACAUGAAUCCUUCGAUGCAUUUACUAGCUUACAACAAAUAAAUGGUGACGAUUAUCUUUGUUCUAGAGAUGUUGUUGCUAAUACUCGAUUGAUUCGCGCUCAUCAUGACAUGAUUGAUACUGGUAAUAAGUACAAGCGUCCACUGCCCAUUAGAUCACGUAUAAGAAGCAUAAAUCCCAAUUCGCCAAACUACCAGGUCGUUAGAGUAAUUCCGUACAACCUUUUCUCUGAUGAUACCAGUGGUAAUUCCACAUCAAAAUGGAAUUGUUUCGAUUCGUGGUCGAUGAAUCCUGCCGCUGUUCCUCUUAGUUUGCCUUCCCUUGUCCCCGAUUUAAAGAAACUGGAAACUGGUCUGCCGAUGUUUGAUGCUAUUCUCAAGGAAGAAGUCUUUGUUCUUGCUCCUCUUUUGUUUAUCAAGGCUGACAAUCCUCGUCAUGCCGAGGUUUCUUGUUUGAAAGCUUCAACAGCUACUUAUCCGUGUAGAAAAUGCUUCUGGUGUCGACAUGCUGAUGCUUUUGAUCCUAAUAGAAUUACCACGGCCGAAGAACACAUGUCAGUUCCAAGAGAAAAAGGUCACUGGAUGAGUUUAUUUCCAAGCGAUGACUCGGAUAGUACUGAUUUCUCGAUACGUGUUCGUAACAGACAGGGUGAUUAUAUCAUGGUCGAAAACUUGAUGGACCUCGGCUUCAAGGAAACUGCUGGCAAAAGGCUUUUGACGUUGUCUUCUUGGGAUCCUAGCAAGGAUACACCGGUAGAAAUUCUGCAUGGCCUAUGUCUCGGUUUAAUCAAAUACACGUUCAACAAAGCUGCUGAUUGCUUUUUCAACAAGAAGCAGGUUGAUCGCAUUAGUAUUUUGUGUGCAAAGUAUGGGUCUAAGGCUUUUACCAAUUUGUCGACGCAUCUCAAAGGAUACAAAAGCUUUCUUGGAAGAGACUUCAAACUUAUGAUUCAGAUGCUCCCAAUUGUUCUCAGAGUUGCUCGUGGCCACAUUGAUUUCCUCAACCUUCGUAAUGAUCAAUUCCACCGAAUGGAUAACGUUAUUAGUACUUUUGACAAGCUUGGUGAGCUUUGCUCAUUGUGUUAUAACUGUGAAAUACAUACCAACUUUUCUGCCUAUCUCGAUUUAUUGCGUCAAUCCGUUGAUGAUACUGUUAUUGCUCUGGGUAACCUUGAUCGUACCGUUGUUCCCAGUAACCGACGUACUCGUGGAGAGCCAGCAACAGCAACGACAACUGCAUCAGUGCCCAGUCAAACUACUUCUGAAGAGAUCUAUGGUCUUUCAGGUGAACAAUCUAAUGGUGCUACGAUUCCAUACGCCAAAACUGGUGGUCCAUUGUGUAAUCGUUUAAAGACUCAUUUGAUAGUCCAUUUGGUAGAGGAUUGUCUUCGAUUUGCUUCUCCUAUGCUUCUCGCAACUGAAAAGAACGAGCAAUUCAACAAACACAUUAGGGCAAUUGUCAUGAAGACCAACAAACAAAACCCUUCUCGUGAUUUGGCUCUUAUUAACGGUCGUGAGGUAAUGCUGAGAAGUAUUGCGAUGGGUCUUGUUUGGGAUAACGGUAUGAAAACUCGUGGUAGUCUGGUCAAAGCGUGGUUUGAUAGGUACAGUGAGGACAUGUACUAUUCUGCUAAUCGGGAAUUCGGCAGUACUGAAUAUAUUGCUGGAAAGAAGAUUGCUUUGAACAUGACGGCUAUUCUCGAUGUUGACUUGGAUUCUCUUGGGGCGCGUCGUCUGCUUGGAAAGGUGGUAAAACUUCGCGGCGAUCAGGCUAUUGUUGAGGUGUAUGAACUUGUUCCCAGGCCAGCCUUCGUGAUUCACGAUGACAGUAGCCUCAUUUCUGUCUAUCAAGCUGACGAAGGUGGUAAUCUCCUCACCAAGAAAACUGAAGAAAUCUUGGACUUGCUGGAGUAUAAACUGACUGUGGUGGAAUUACUUGACAUGUCUCAGGAAACUGAGAUUGACACUGUCAAGUAUUCUCUUAUCAACAAGUGCAAGUUCGGUACUUUCUGGUGGCUCCAUAACACUAAUCGUUAUUUCAAAAUUUUAGAAAAUGAAAGAAACUAAUCAUUUUGUUUUUUUUACAUGUCAUUUUUUCAAAAAAAAUAAAAGUCUCUUCCAUUUUGUUAUCCAAUAAAAAUGCUUAGC